AGCGAUCUGACGGUUACUACUUCGACAGGCACCGGUGAGUUGGAACCCAAUUGUGAUUGCCGCAUAAUACUGACAAACACGUAGUCAGUGGUGUCAUCAAUAGCACCGCUCCCAACGUCCACUCGUGGCUUGGAAUCCCAUAUGCCCAGCCUCCAGUCGGACAUCGUCGAUGGGCACCUCCGGCACCAUUGCCCCAUUCCAACAAAACCAUCAUUGCAAACCACAUGCCCAAUGCCUGCAUGCAAACUACUACUAUCGGCGAUGACAUUUACGGCACGUUGACCGGAGGCCAGUACCUGAUCAGCACUCCCGUCAGCGAAGACUGUCUUACCCUCAGCAUCUGGGCCCCUGCCAAACGGCGUGAACGCCUCCCCGUUGUCAUCUUUAUCCACGGAGGCGGCCUCUCCGCCGGCGGCGAAUCAGUGCAAUACCAGAUCCCCGCCAACUGGGUGGAACGAUCCCAGUCACACAUCGUCGUAUCGAUCCAGUACCGCCUAGGCGUCUUCGGCUUCCCCGGCUCGCAUGCGCUGAAAGACAAAUCCCAGAAUUUCGGCCUUCUGGACCAGCGUCUUGCCAUCGAGUGGGUGCGAGAUAACAUCGCUGCCUUCGGCGGCAACCCGGACCAGAUCACGCUCUGGGGCCAGUCCGCCGGCGCGGCCUCAAUCGACUGGUACAACUUUGCCUACCCGAACGACCCCAUCGCCAAGGGCUUUAUCAUCGACUCGGGGAGUGUCUGGCUUUUCGGCGGCCAGGGAAACGCUAGUCAGUCUGGGUUUGCGACCCUGGCGUCGCAUUUCAACUGCACGGGCUCGGACGCCGUGCAACUCGCGUGCCUACGGAAUCAACCAGCCACAAAGAUCGAGGCUUUCAUCGAAGGCCCCUCGGGGUCUGCGCUGAGCUUCCAACCAGUCCAAGACAACAUUACCGUGUUCUCGGACUAUACGGCUCUGUACCAACAAGGGCACUUCGCCGACGUACCCGCCAUCUACGGGGCGAAUCUCAACGAGCCGGCUUCGACAUUCCUGUGUCCGGAAGUUCAGGGCCUGAGACAUCGACUGCAAGCAAAUAAACCGAGGGGAAUGUGAAUGGUCCUGGCACGAAGUUCCAAGCUGUCACUAGCGAGGUGAUGCAGGAUCUAUGGCUCGCGUUUGCGAAGGAUCCGGUUAAUGGAUUGCCCAGCCAUGGAUGGCGGUCGUUGAAUGAUGGGUUUGCAGAGAUCCUGGGUGAUACUGCCAAGCAGGUAGCGGCUAGGAAGGGCCCGGUUGCUGGCAUUACGGGCUGGGCAGGCUGUCCUAAGGAUAAUCGGUUUGAAG